AAUACAUAUCUGCAUACGCUCUGCAAAAGUAGAUGCUUUUUUGAGAUAACAAUGGCUGUUUUUCUCUCUGAUUCCAUUCUGGAGGUUAAAACCGAACCACUAGAAUUUCCAAUUGAAGACAUUAAAUGUGAAAUAAAAAAAGAGCCUGAAGAUGAUGAAACAUGUGUGCAGAGAUUCAUGAAUUCCGAUAUAACAAUAGAAGAUGAAGUCAAACAGGAGUUGAUUGAAUCAUCUCAUUAUGAAUGUACAAUAUGUAAUGGAUUAUUUAUAGGGCUGCGUGAUUUAGAACAGCAUAUGCUGAUACAUAGUCAUGAUUGCCCAUUUUGUUCAGACACUUUUCCAGAUCCAAGCGCCUUAGAUAUACAUCUGAAAAUUCAUGCAGAUGAAAAGUCUUUUGCGUGCACAAUUUGCAAUAAAGCAUUUGAAGUAAAAUUUGAUUUUGAUCAACACGUUUGUGUUUGUAAUGGAGGGACAGAUUCAACAUUGAAUAAAUUAUCUGAUAAACAAAAACAAAGUAAGAGUACACAGAUACAAAGUAAGAGUAUACAUCUGAAAAUUCAUGCAGAUGAAAAGUCUUUUGCGUGCACAAUUUGCUAUAAAGCAUUUGAAGUAAAAUUUGAUUUUGAUCAACACGUUUGUGUUUGCAAUGGAGGGACAGAUUCAACAUUGAAUAAAUUAUCUGAUAAUCAAAAACAAAGUAAGAGUACACAGAUACAAAGUAAGAGUAUACAUCUGAAAAUUCAUGCAGAUGAAAAGUCUUUUGCAUGCACAAUUUGCAAUAAAGCAUUUGAAGUAAAAUUUGAUUUUGAUCAACACGUUUGUGUUUGUAAUGGAGGGACAGAUUCAACAUUGAAUAAAUUAUCUGAUAAUCAAAAACAAAGUAAGAGUACACAGAGACCACAUAAAUGUAAAGUAUGUAAUAAGAGUUUCAAAUAUUUAAGUUACUUGAAAAAACAUAUGCUUAUUCACACUGAAAAACGUCCUUACGAAUGUGAAAUAUGCAGUAAGACAUUCAGAAAAAUGUCCAUCUUGAGAGCACAUAAACUCAAUCACGGUGGGGUUCGUCCUCACAAAUGUGAAACAUGCAAUAAGACAUUUGCUCGAGUGAAUAGUUUGAAUAGACAUGUGCUUUUUCACACUAGUGAACGGCCUCACAAAUGUGAAAUAUGCUCUAAGACAUUCCGAACAAUAGCUGCCUUGAGAGCACAUAAACUCAUUCACAGUGGGGUUCGUCCUCACAAGUGUGAAAUAUGCAAUAAGGCAUUCACGCAAAUGGCUUUAUUGAGAGCCCAUAAACGCAUUCACAGUGGGGUUCGCCCUCACAAAUGUGAAAUAUGCAAUAAGACAUUCAGAAAAAUGUCCAUCUUGAGAGCACAUAAACGCAUUCACAGUGGGGUUCGUCCUUAUAAUUGUGAAAUAUGCUCUAAGACAUUCAAACUACGGGAUACUUUAAAUAGACAUAGGCUCAUUCACAGUGGGGUUCGUCCUCACAAAUGUGAAAUAUGCUCUAAGACAUUCAGAACAAUAGCUGCCUUGAGAGCACAUAAACUCAUUCACAGUGGGGUUCGUCCUCACAAAUGUGAAAUAUGCAAUAAGGCAUUCACGCAAAUGGCUUUAUUGAGAGCCCAUAAACGCAUUCACAGUGGGGUUCGUCCUCACAAAUGUGAAAUAUGCAAUAAGGCAUUCAGAAAAAUGUCCAUCUUGAGAGCACAUAAACGCAUUCACAGUGGGGUUCGUCCUUAUAAUUGUGAAAUAUGCUCUAAGACAUUCAAACUACCGGAUAAUUUAAGUAGACAUAGGCUCAUUCACAGUGGGGUUCGUCCUCACAAAUGUGAAAUAUGCGAUAAGAUAUUCCGAACAAUAGCUGCCUUGAGAGCACAUAAACUCAUUCACAGUGGGGUUCGUCCUCACAAAUGUGAAAUAUGCAAUAAGGCAUUCACGCAAAUGGCUUUAUUGAGAGCCCAUAAACGCAUUCACAGUGGGGUUCGUCCUCACAAAUGUGAAAUAUGCAAUAAGGCAUUCAGAAAAAUGUCCAUCUUGAGAGCACAUAAACGCAUUCACAGUGGGGUUCGUCCUUAUAAUUGUGAAAUAUGCUCUAAGACAUUCAAACUACCGGAUAAUUUAAGUAGACAUAGGCUCAUUCACAGUGGGGUUCGUCCUCACAAAUGUGAAAUAUGCGAUAAGGCAUUCAGUACAAUGGUUGCCUUGAGAGCAAUAAACUCAUUCACAGUGGGGUUCGUCCUCACAAAUGUGAAAUAUGCUCUAGGACAUUCACACAAAUGGGUAACUUGA